AUGCGCAAUAGGCAAAAACCUCUUAGGGUUCCUGAACAUGAGUUAGUACAGGAUGUUGUAACAAGGUGGAAUUCAACACAGGCAAUGCUUUCACGUCUGGUGGAACAACGUCGUACUCUCACGGAUAUAUUGUUAGACGAGAAAGUGACAAAAAAAGCAGAUUCCGCUGUAUUUCUUCCUAAAGAUCAUGAGUGGGAAUUGAUGAAUGAUAUGUCCACAGUUCUUAUGGACUUAUCUAAUGUAACGACGUACAUGUGUUCAGAAAACAGCGUAUCUUUGUCUGAGGUCUAUCCGAUUGUAUGUGGAUUAAUAAGAAGAAGUUUAAAGGUACAAGAUUCUGACGGAGUUAUAAUUCGUAAGACCAAAGAUGUCAUCAGUGAUGAGUUGAAUCGACGUUAUCAACCAAAUGACAAGACUGCCUGUUCCACACCUGUAAUUGCAUCACUAAUGGACACCCGAUACAAAAAGUUAACUUUCUUAUCUUCUGAACAAAGAAAAACGGCAGAGGAAUUUUUAGAGGGUCUUAUCGAUGAAAUGCCUCUAAAACGGUUGACAGAGACAAGCGGCUCCGAUACUCCGCCACCAAAGAGACAACGACGACCAAGUGGAAUUGACUUUUUGCUUAGUAAAUCGCCUGACAAACCGGAGUCUCAAGACGAGUUAGAACUACAAAGUUAUUUACUAGAUAAAUCUGAUUUCAAUAAAUCUCCACUUGAAUGGUGGUCAGAAAACAAGACGAAAUACCCACGUUUAUCUAUAAUUGCAAAACGUGUGUUAGCAGUACCAGCAACGUCCGUUCCUUCUGAGAGGAUAUUUUCAUGUGCCGGACUUGUGGUUACUAAACUCAGAAACAGACUUUCAGCUGGAAGUUGUAUAUCAGAUAAUUUUUUUAAACAAGAACAAGAUAAAAGUCACCUGCAUUGA